AGAAAAAGAGGUCUAAAAGCAAAAGUUAUUGUUAAUACUAGAAUAGAGAAAUAUUCAGAAAAAAAUCCAAGUCUUCCUAAUAUUGAACUUGCACAACAAUUUUGUAUUAGAAAGUUAAUAGUUACUGAUAUUUUGAACGAAAAAGAGCGUUGGCUUACAAUUUUAGAAGGGCAAGGAAAUGUUAAAAAAUUUUGUGAUCCAAAGUGGCCUCAACUUGAGGAAUUUAAGAAGCAAGGUGAAACUGCAAGUACACCUUCUACUGAGUCAAUAGCAAAUAAUCAUAUUGCUUUACAACAACUUCUUGCGUCUUAUAAUUCUGAAAAUAUUUGGAAUAGUGAUGAAACUAGCCUUUUCUGA